UCAUAUUCAAAUAGUAUUAUUUUUGCCGAUUACGGCAUUUUUUUGGGAAACAUUGCAACGUGUGGCACACGCGGCCAUACAAAAAUACUCAACUAAUGAACGAUUAGUUAACGUAGCGGUCGAUUGUGUGGAUAAAACAGUGAAAACAAUGUUGGAAAUGGAGGGCCCAAACAAACCUAUCGAUCCAUUAAAUUACAUAUAUCUUACGUUUCUUAAUAUUUUGGCAAAUAGUAGUUUCGGACAAAACUAUAAUAUUGAUGACCCGGAGUUUAAACAAUUAAAAUAUGUGUUAAAAGAUUUAAACGAAGAAUUUGGUCCACGAAUGUUGUURUGGGARUUCUCACCAAUUGUUCGAUGGAUUGAUAGGAAAAAUGUGACAAAAUGUGAUCAAUUAUUUGAUGAUUUUUAUAAUCUAUUGCUUGAGAAAUAUAGAUCACAUUAUAAAGAUUACGAUUCAAAUAUUGAAAGAGACUUUUGUGAUGCACUCAUAACUGGUAAAAAUGAUGCGCUUCGGGAGGAAAAGAGUCGACACCCUUUCUGACCGAUGAAAAUCUAGCGAUGGCUUUAUUGGAUCUUUUUAUUGGCGGAACCGAUACUUCGCAAAACACAUUUCAAUGGCUWCUUCUGUUAUUAUCCUAUUAUCCAUCGAUGCAAAAACAGUUACGACAAGAAAUAGAGUCAAUAAUUGGUGACCGAAUGCCAACACAUGAGGACAGACAACGAUGUCAUUAUGUGAUGGCAUUUAUUGCCGAAACUUUGAGAUUCAGAAAUGUCGCGCCGAGCGGUGUCUAUCAUAAAGCAAUUGUCACGAGUAAAAUAGGAGACUAUAUAAUACCAGAAGGUAUGUCUGUAUAUGCAUAUCARGGAUUUAUUUUACGAGACAACAAAUAUUGGGAAAAUAGUGAGAAUUUCAUACCCGAGCGCUUCAUCGACAGUGACGGUCAAUAUAUGACAAUCCGUUCGCCGGCAUWCAUACCUUUCGGUGUGGGACGUCGUAARUGUUUGGGCGAAAAGUUGGCCAUCGCUGACCUGUUUCUUGUUUUGGUCCGAUUUUUACAAUCGACACAAAACUAUGACAUUGUUUUGGACAGUCAUAAUGGUUUAGAUGCCAAUCCCAAUAGUUCUUUCGAUGCGCUUAAUCCUAAUAAAUACAGUAUUAUAUUAAAGACUAAAUAG